ACUCGUUUCGUACACAAAGUUAGCAGCGGAACUGGAGAAAAUUGUCGUGCGAAUGGUGUUCGAGAGAUACGGAGUGGGGAAGCACUACGAAUCCCUCAUCGGUUCAGCAAACUAUCUCUGCAGGGUAAUGAAAUACAGAGAACCGAAGUCGAAUGAAAAUAACAUGGGAUUUGUGUCUCAUACAGACAAGAGUUUUAUGUCUACAAUUCAUCAGAAUCAAGUUGACGGUUUGGAGAUCAAAACCAAAGAUGGUGACUGGUUUGGUGUUCAUCAGCUUUCUUCUUCAUCUGUCAUAGUUAUGGCUGGCGAUGCAAUAAUGGCAUGGAGCAAUAACCGGAUAAAAUCGCCACACCAUAGGGUGACCAUGGAAGCUAAAAAAGCAAGAUAUUCAAUUGCGCAGUUUUCGUUUUUGGAGAAAACGGUCGAAAUACCGCAAGAAUUAGUGGACGAGGAUCAUCCGAUGCAGUAUAAGCCGUUUGAGCAUCUCGAGUUUCUUGAUUUUUACAGCAAAGAAGAGAAUAGGAGACUUGAGAGUGCUAUCAGAACCUACUGUGGUGUUUAAGGAUUGUUUGUUCUAUUUUUUUUAUUUUUUUAUAAUAAUGUUUGUUUUAUUUAUGCAUUAUUGGUGUGCUUUUGUGUAGAUGUAUUUUGUUGUUGUUGUGUGUAAGGGGGACAAAAAAAAAAAGAAUUACAGUGCAGUUGGUGUGGAGAUGUAUUAUUGCAUUGGGCUUUUGGUCUUGGAAUAAACAUGUGUGGCCUUUUUUUUUUUU